UGCAGAAGCGUUGCGAGUGGACUUUGAACACAGCGGCAACCGAGGUGGCCGUUUACGUGGCUGGGCCUUUGCUGCAAUCUCACGGAGGUGACCUUGCACGAGGGAUGGCCGCCUCUGCCUGUGAACUCGAACCGGCCUCAUCCCCCCCCUCGUCUUAUUAUUAUUUAUUCCUCCUCUGUAGCGUAACUUCGUGGGCCGCACGAAAGGCAUGCUAACGCCCGCCCCACCCCCAAGCUGCGACUUUUAGAUAACAGGCUGCAUUGGCUGGGGAGGGGGGCGAGGGGGAACGCAAAAAGAUCACAUUUCACACAAAAGAAUAAAAAACGGAAAGUGCCUCCGCUUCCUCUCUUUGCCGUUGCCUGUUGCGCCGAGGCGGAGAAACCGCUGCCCAACCCUAUUUUCCCCACUGUCCCCUAUAGGCAGCUCUCACUUCCGCCUCCUCUAUCAGCGGAAGAGCCUCACAAGGAACCCGGAAACCCUUCCUCCAGGAAAAAUCUGGUUCCCACUCUAGACUUCAUCCUAUCUCUACGGUUCCCUUUUUUCCACACUUCUGGGCAGCCAUGAGCGCAGAGCCACGCAGCCGCCAGGAGACUCUGGCUCUGCGGAAGCAGCUCAUCGGAUCCUCCUGCAAGCUUUUCUUCCCAGAAGACCCUGUGAAGAUUAUCAGUGCAAAGGGCCAGUAUAUGUAUGAUGAAAAUGGAAACAAGUACCUUGACUGUAUCAACAACGUUGCUCAAGUUGGACACUGCCACUCAGAAGUGAUCAGAGCAGCACAUCAACAAAAUUUGGCACUAAAUACAAACUCUCGGUAUCUGCAUGACAAUUUGGUGGACUAUGCACAAAGACUUUCUAAUACAUUGCCUAAGAAGCUGUGCACUUUCUAUUUUUUGAAUUCAGGGUCAGAAGCCAAUGAUCUUGCUCUGAGAUUAGCACGGCAGUAUACAAAACAGGAGGACGUACUUGUGGUGGACCAUGCUUAUCAUGGACAUCUGACAUCCCUGAUUGACAUAAGUCCAUAUAAAUUCAGAAAUCUAGAAGGCCAAAAGGAAUGGGUCCAUGUGGCUCCUCUUCCUGACACAUACCGAGGAUUAUACAGAGAAGACAAUAAGGAUCCGGCCAUGGCAUAUGCCAAUGAAGUGAAAAAAAUAAUUGACCAAGCACAGCAAAAAGGAAGAAAGUUUGCUGCAUUUUUUGUGGAAUCUUUACCAAGUGUUGCUGGACAAAUCAUUCCACCACCUGGUUAUUUCCAAAAGGCAGCUGAGCACAUACACAGCGCAGGAGGCGUAUUCAUUGCUGACGAGAUUCAAGUUGGCUUUGGAAGGGUUGGCAAAUAUUUUUGGGCAUUUCAACUUCAAGGAGAGGAUUUUAUUCCUGAUAUUAUCACCAUGGGAAAACCAAUUGGCAAUGGGCAUCCUGUCUCUUGUGUAGCAACGACAAAGGAAAUUGCAGAGGCGUUUUCAGCAACAGGAGUAGAAUAUUUUAACACGUUCGGAGGAAAUCCUGUGUCCUGUGCAAUAGGUAUAGCAGUCUUGGAUGUGAUUGAGAAGGAACAGCUUCAACUCAAUGCCCUCCAGGUGGGCAGCUUCCUCAUGGAACUACUCAAUCAGCAAAAAGCAAAACAUCCUCUAAUUGGUGAUGUCAGGGGUGUUGGGUUGUUCAUUGGAGUAGAUUUGGUGCAAGAUCAAGAGAAUAGAUCCCCUGCUACUGAAGAAGCAGCUAUCAUCAUAACAAGAUUAAAGGAAGAAUUCAUUAUGUUGGCUACAGAUGGUCCAGGCAGAAAUGUGCUUAAGUUCAAGCCACCACUCUGUUUCAAUGCAGAAGAUGCAAAACUGGUUGUGGACAAACUUGAUAAAAUAUUAACAGAGUUAGAGAAAAGAGAAGCUUAGAGAAAGUUCACUUCCACUACCUUCAUAUGGUUACAGACAUGGUGCUGAAUUCUACCAUGUUUCUAAUAUAUUUUACUUAAGCUACAAUACCAAAAAUACUACCUUUUCCCAACUACAGUUAUUAAAUUUAUUGUAUUUGUUGUAAUACUGAUAGUACAGAAGUUCAAUCUACAGAUGUUACCUGUUAAUCCAACUCUUCAUGCAGUGGGGUAAAAAUCAAUUGAUUUAUCCAGAAAACAAACUGCUUUAUUGGUUACAGAACCUAAACCACAACUUACACUCAUUUCUGUUUAUAUUAUAAAAUUAGCACCUUCCAGUCAUUUGCGGGAAUCUUUUCUAAGUUUUGUAGGGAUGAGCAUUUCAGAGAAAAAAUUAUUUUUUCCAAAUGUUUUCAACAAGCAAUUUUACAUGGAAAGUAUUUACCUACCAUCAAAUCCAUGUUAUAUUUUUCAUUCAGGAUCAAAGGAAGGUACUAAAGAACUAUUAAAACAGACAGCAGAUUUGGCUAUGCUAAUAAAAACCAAGAGCUUAUUCUUUUUUUAAAAAAGGUAUACUUUUAGAGGACAUAGAUUUAGGAACUACCCACCUACAUUAUUUAGAACUAGUCUGCCGGUUGAAAUUUUACUGUGUCCCUAUCAGCAGUGACCUUAUUUCAUAGUAUCUCUUCAGAUUGCUGGCUCCUUUUGCUACAGGUAUGGAAGGACAAUUUUGAGCAGGCUUUUUAGAUUUUCUUUAGAUGCAGUUACACAAAUUUUGAUCUUUAAAAAUAAUACGCUAAAAAGUGUUUUAAAAUUCAACUUGCUAUCGUUUAACCUGCACUAAUACAAUAAAAUGGUGCUGACCAGAACCACAGCAGUAAACAUGCCAAAGCACAGGUGCAUGGCAACAAGUUCACAUUCCCAAUGUGUCAAGACCAUGCCCCCCCACACCUUUUUAAAAAAGCAAAAGCUACACCAAGCCACACAUGGAUCUGCACUACUGUUCCAUUCUUUGCGCAUGAAAACACAGGAGGGGGGAAAAACCACAGGAUGCCAACUAUUUGACAUCAUUUUGCCCUAUAAGAACUCGGUGAAUAGAAGAGUCUGGAACAAUCUAUAAUUGCGUGAUGCAGAGCAGUACUGCCCCUCACCACACAGGAGGUUAAGUGGAAGAAGAUAACCCCAGAGCAGUGCCUCGUGAUACUUGAGACAACCUGCUUUUGGGUCAGUAGGGUUUGCUUAUAGGAGCCUUUAUCUUUCUCAUGGGACAAUUUAGAAAUGAACAGAUUACAUUUAGCUAUAAAAAGGCUAAAUCACAGUCUUUUCUUUCAGGCUCUGUUCACUGCAACCACUCAUGCUUUGACAAGCAAACUAUGGGGUCUAUGAAAAUGGUUUUAAAAAACAAGUAACUGGAGCUAUGCUACAUUCAGCAGCCAUGAACUUUAAUAUUUAGGCCUAAUUUGGUCACCUAAGAGCUGCACUUUGAAAAUAAAAUCAAAUUACAGAUUGGUGCAGUUGUCACAUGACCAACCACUUCCUUCUCGUCUAUAAUCAUAGUUGGCGACAUACUUUUAAACCAUAGCUAAUGCUAACCAAAAUUGAAAGCCAAUGUCAGAACCAAAGUUAACACUAAAUAUGCUCAAUUGUGAAAGAGGAAGCAUUUGUAUUAAGAAAACACAAUCUCUCACAGCCUUCCCAUUACCUUAAUUAUGAUUCAGCAGCAGGCUACAGCAGCCUUAUGUUGCUUUGCAUUCAAUACGGCAUAUUUUAAAUACAAUGAGUUGAGGCAGCUUAGCAUACUGUAAAAUGUGAAAAGGUUGUCCCUCUACAAAGUCCAGGCCAUACUAGUUGAUCUAAUUUUUGCUAAAAUAAUAAAAAUUGAAGGCUGCUAUAAGAUAGAAAGUAGAAACAAAAGUACUGAAAAUCCAGCUUUUUAGGCAUCUUUAAUAUUAUCUUAGCAUUUUUAGCAUUAAAUGCUUAAAUUCUAAACAAUAGUUAAUAAAGCACACAAGAGCACAAAGCCAGGCAGGUUGACAGUUUUAAGUGUGGUCUGUCAUUAACGACUUGAGCCUACUGGGUGGUUCAGACAAAAUGCACAUACUACAUGAGAUGCUGGAGGGUGGGGUUGUAUAUAUAGUAUUAAGCACGUUUCCCAAUUUCUAAAAGCAGCUCAAGUGAGCUCAGAUAUACAACAAAAUCAGACUUUGAUGUGGCAAACAUGUCUAACAUUUUCUUGCGUGUGUAAAUACAGCCUUGAGCCUCACACUGGUUUUACAAGUAGAUUCCUAUUCCCCUAAUUCCUACUCAAGCCAAUCAGAUGCAGUUAUCCAAUAAGUCCAUGCAUUUACCUGAAAGAAUCUCAACACCUAUUCUGAUUACCAUUUUUUUCUUAGCUUUGCAAUACAUACUACUUUGAAUCCGUAACUGUUUAACCAAACUCGCUGAUCACUCAUCAAUUUUAGGGUUAGAACAUGUUCCAAAUCUGAACCCUGAAAUUUAUGCACCAGCCACCAUCAUUUCUACUGAAAUUCUAGUAGAUGUUUCCCCUGAGCUACAAUAGGAUAGCUGGAAUAAUGGCACAGGAUACUAGAUUAUGCUUUUUUAUUCAAAAGCUAAGAUAGCAUCAAUAUCCAUGUCAUGGUGAAUCAGAACACAUGUAAAAUACCUUACAAUACAUUAGA